CUUUUGCCUAUAAACUUGUUCCCCCGUCCAGGCACAGCCGCACCAGCACCAAGCUGAGGCGGCAUUUGGAGGCCGGAUCGAGCGGCUGAACCAGGAGCUGGCCACUAAGAGCCGCAGCAUUCAGGAGCUGAGCCGGACCAUAGAGAGGCUGCAGAGGGAGCGCAGGAGCAUGCUGUCUAUGCCACGCCAGCGAUCAGAGAGCCACUCAGCAGAGAGCAGAGCCCAGGAAUCUUCUGCUGCAGCAGACGGCAGCACACAGGCAGGAAGAUUUCCUGCAGCUCAGUAUGAGAAGACUUACCAGCCUUCUGUGUUCACAGGAAGCCAUGUCUCUGAGCUGCAGCAGGAGAACGAGGCUCUGAGUCGGCAUGUGGAAUUGCUUCAGCAGCAGAGUAAGCAGGAGAAGGAGGAACUGAAGGCCAACGCUGUUCAGGCAAAGGAGGAACUGUUCAGGCUGAAAGAAGAAUUUGCAGAGCAGCUCUCCUGUGUGAAGGCUGAACACCUCAGGGUGUUGGAGCGUCUGCAAGCCACCCAUGCCCUGGAGCACUCAUCCUCCAAGGUGGCAGAACUGAGCAAUAAGCUCAACAGCCAGGAGGUAGCAAUGAAACACCUGCAGCAGCAGCUGAAGGAGCUGCAGGAAUGUAAAGAGGCUCUCUCCAUCUCCAGGCGCAGAGAAGAAGUUCUGCAGAAGCAGUUAACCAGGUUGCUGCAGGAGCUGAAGGAAGCUAAAGAAGCUCAGAGCUCUGAGGUGAAACUUCUUUGCAGUCUGGAGAGGAAGAUCAUUAGCAUGGAGCUCAGACAUGAGCAUAGAGAGAAGGAGCUGCAGCAGGUUGUUGCCGAAACGUUUCAGAUGUCAACGGCUGACCUGCAGUCAGAAGUGGAGCGGUGGCGGCGCCUGGCUCAGGACAAGAACAGAGAACUGGACGCUUUCCGCUCAGAGCUGGACUCCAUACUGGACAUCCUGAGACAUCUGCAGAAACACGGCGCGAACCAUGGAAACUUCACCUUGCAGAGUUUGCAUUGUAAUGUUAGCCAGAACAUAGAAGACACUGUUCUGUUCUCAGCUGAACAGAGACAGGCAUUUUCAGGUUUUAGUAUCUAAUUUAAUAUGUAUUAAAAAAAAAAAAAACAUCAUAUAUAAUGCGCACGUGUAUGCAGCCUGUUGCGGUUACUCCUCUCAUUGUUUGAUUUUAAAAAAAAAAUAUUUUAAAUAUUUUUCAAUUAUUUUAUUUCACCACUUUAUUUUACUUUAGUCAACAAUGUUGACUAAAAAAGUCAUCUUUUUUUCUUCAUUGUUGAGAUACUUUUUAUACUCUGCUGAGCGCAACAAGUUGGCCAUUGCUUACACCAGGGAUCAGCUGAUUGGGCUGAAACCAGCAGCCCAAUCAGCUGAUCGGUAGCAGUAUGGUAGCACUGUUUGUGCUACUGUAAAUCCGUGGCACUGCCAAAGGCUGGAUUUCAGCCUGAUUUAGUCAUUUCUUCAUUUUGUCUCUUGUUGUAAACCUCCUCGCAGAAGUGUGCACUACAGAUCACCAUUUUAGUAGACUGUUGGUGGUGAAUUAUCACCAACAGUUUUUCUGUGCUGAAAAUUGUUCAAUACCAUGUCUUCAAUACAAUUAGACAUAUCCUUGUCUAAUAAGUGCUUAAUAAGUAAAAGAUCUAAAUUAAACUAACACUCCA